GCUCAUAACCAUUAAAACACCUUUUGUCUUACAACAUUCAUCAACUAUUUCCCAUUUCCAACAAAUGGCAAAAAUCAUAGAAAUUUUCAAUGUCUCACCAUCUUCACCACAAGAACUACCUUCACAAACUUCACUUCCUCUUACUUUCUUUGACAUACUAUGGUUAAGAUUACCACCUGUUCAAAGAAUUUUCUUCUAUGAAUUUCCACACCAGCCUUCUCUUUUCUUCAACACCCUUCUUCCCAAACUCAAACAAUCUCUUUCUCUAGCACUCUCUCACUUUUAUCCUCUUUCUGGUCAUCUCAUAUGGCCUCUUGAUUCUCAUAAACCAGUCAUCAAGUACAUCAAAGGUAACACUCUUUCACUCACUGUAGCUGAAUCUGAUGCAGAUUUCAAUCUUCUAUCAGGUAAUGAUCUUUGUGAAGCUACACAAGUUCAUCAUCUUUUAUCUAACUUGAAUAUCUCACAUGAUCAUGCUUCUAUUCUUGCACUUCAAGUUACUCUUUUUCCAAACACUGGCUUUUCAAUUGGUGUCACUUCACAUCAUGCUGUUUUAGAUGGUAAAAACUCUACUUCUUUUGUCAAAUCUUGGGCUUAUCUAUGUAGAAACCUUGAAUCAAUAUCAGAAUCAACGCUUUCGUUGCCGAAUGAAUUUCGGCCUUUCUAUGAUAGAAAAGUAAUCAAGGAUCCAAAUGGAUUAGAAGCUAAAUACUUGAGUGCUUGGUUAAAGCAAGGUGGAACAAACAACAGAAGCUUAAAGGUUUGGGAUCUUGAAGUUCCAGAAGAUUCAGUUAGAGGGUUGUUUCAAUUAUCUAGAUUGGAUAUCGAAAAGCUCAAAAGAUUUGUAGUGUUUAAACAAAAGGGUACUAGGAAUGAGAAUAAAAAUCUUCACUUGUCAACUUUUUUGGUAUCUAUUGCAUAUGCAUGUGUAUGUAGAGUGAAAGCAGAAGAGAUUAAGAACAAAAAUGUUAUCAUUGCUUUGAAUAUCGAUUGCAGGAAUCGGUUAGAUCCGCCGAUUCCUGCAACAUAUUUCGGAAACUGUAUUGGAGCAAGACUUGUAGUUGUUGAAACAAGUGAGAUAUUGGGAGAAGAUGGACUAGUUGUGGUUGUUAAACUUUUAAGUGAGGCUUUGGAAACUCUAAAAGAUGGAGUGUUGAAUGGAGCUGAAGAUUGGUCUUCAUGGUUACUUGAUGGUGUGGCCAUUGCUGAUGUUAAAACUAGUGGUACUGCUGGUUCACCUAAGUUUGAGGUUUAUAGCACUGAUUUUGGGUGUGGAAAGCCAAAGAAAGUUGAAAUGGUUUCUAUUGAUAGAACUGGUGCUAUUUGUAUUUCUGAUUGUGGAAAUGGUGAUGGUGUUGAGAUAGGUUUUGUGGCUAAGAAGAAAGCAAUGGAAGCUUUUGCUUCUCUCUUUGUCAAUGGGAUUAUAUCUUGAGUUCCUUAUACAUUGAAGUGUCAUAAUUCUGAAUAAUUUGAUAAUUUUAUAUAAUAUUUUGCAGUUAGAAUUUUGAGUUAUAGACAUUUGGUUAUUGUUUUGGUGUGGAAAUAAAUGAUGAUUAGAGAGGUUGAACUGGUGUAUCAUUACGGUGGUUCAAGGUUAUGAUGCGGUGGAGAGGGGUUGACUUACAAAGUUAGCACUUCAAAUGUAAAGUCGAUAAGAAUAAACUUUGUAAGUAAGCGAAUCUGAGAGAUGUGAGACAUUAUAUCCAUCUAUGUUUUGCCUUCCGAUUGUAACAAGUGAUUUUAUUUGGCGACGGGGUCAUAGACUAGAAACUCCCUCCGUUUUAAUAUGUGUGUCAUUUUAGAGAAAAAAAAUUGUUUCAAAAUGAGUGUCAUUCUAACUUUUCAAUGUAAGACUAUGUACAAUGGUUUCAUUAUUCAACACCCUACUUUUUCACUUUUUAUUUUCCACAUCAUCUUCUCUCUCUUUCACCUAAUAAUUCAACACCUAUUCAAUUUUUUUUCACUACAAUGGUUUUGUUUAAUAAAAUUCAACACCCUA